AUGGAGAACAACAGUACACAAUCUACACCUAGAAAAGUUUAUUUAAAACAGAAACAUAAAGGAUGCUGCAGAUUAUGUGGAUGUGAAACGGAAAGCCGGCGCAUGACAAACGUUUUAUCGGUAGCAGCAGUACAGAAGUUUCUGGUUAAAAUAAUAUCCGAAUCGUGUGGAAUUUUUAUACAAAGAUCGGACGGUCUUCCCACGGCUGUAUGCAAUAAAUGCAUAACCUUCGUUAAAAAAAUCCAUGUAUUCAUAGGCAAAUGUCAACAAGCACAAACUGACUUAAAGGAGCAGGUAACUGUGAAAAGAUAUCCUGUGCAAUCGCCCAACAUUUCAAACAAAAAACCGGCGAAACGGCAAUCAAUGUCACAAGAUGAUGAGAGUAUAGAAGAACCAGAGAUGGACGUGCCUGGCCCCAGUACAAUACAUCUAGACAUAGCUCAGUCAACUACGACUUCGACUCGCAGUGUAAGAAGCAGGCUCGAUUUUUCAUCGACCGCAAACUCAACUGUAAUCCCGUCUUCGACCCUGAUCACUGCACGUCAGAUAGAGAAAAUAACAGCAGCUGCACGAACAGAAGACGCCUCUGUCCUCGCGUAUAUAAUUAUGAAAUAUUGUCCCAACGUAGUUAGAGAGGUGAAGAGAAAAAUCACUGAUGAUAUAAAUGCGUCUUGCAAAAACCUUUGCCUUAGAAACAAAGGCUCUAUUUUACACGCUGGACGACAAGACUCAUGCGGCAUGAUGAUAAACUUCUCGUUUGAAAAGUUGUGGGAAGAAAUGGAGACCAAUAUCCCAUUUGUCAUGGAGAUUCUAAAUGCAAUCACUGGUGUUGAAGGAGGUAAAGCGAAGCAAGACCUACGAGUAAAGUACGGGUUUCUAUAUUCCAUUCUAAUGAAUGUACGUUGGCAUGAACUAAGUCUGAUUCAGCGAUUGAACACGCUUUGCUUAAUUGAAGGUGGCUGCUCAAAACAG